AUGGCUUCCAUCUAUCAACUCAACCAACCGCCAAAUCCCUUCUGGGAUUUCCUCAACGGAAACUUGGAGAACCAUCCUUUCUUUGCUCCUGGAGGUCACCAUGAAAGACGUGGACGUCACGGCCACCGUCAUGGAUGGGGAAAUCCCCAACAGAAUGAGAAUCUCCCACGGAGCACUGAAGGGCUUCACGAAGACUCAAACGGAGAGAUGAAGAACGACGGCCCAGUAUCCGACUCCGACUCCCCAGAGAACCACGGUGGCCGUUGUAAUCACUGCGGCAAGGGCAAAGGCAAAGGCAGAGGAGGCCCCGGCCAUGGACCUGGUCCAUUUGGCGGAAGAGGAGGCAGGGGAAAGCAUGGACACGGCCACCACCACGGCCCUAACCCCUUUGACUAUCUGGAUGAAAGCAGCCCGAAGGACACCGAAGCAGCUCAAGAGCAGGGCGAAAAAGACCUGAACACUGAGACCAACGAGAACCCAGUGACCGACACCGACACACAAGACAACCACGGCUCCGGCAGAAAAUGCAAGAACAAGGGCCACGGAGGCCCAGGUCCUUUCCGAGGAAAGGGCGGCAAAUGCAAACACGGCCAUGGCCCAGCUGGUCCUUAUGGUCACCCAGGCCCUCACGGCCACGGUCCCCGCGCAGGGCCAUGGGGUCACCACAACCAUCCCCACGGCCACGCAGGAAUAUUCGGUGGCCGCGGGCGAGGCCCUCACCACAGAGGCGGACAUGGCAGGCCCCACGGCGGACCCCCAUUCGGUCAAGGCUUUGCAUACAAUAUCCUCCGCAACCUCGGAAUCCCCAUGAACGAGCCCGCAUCCGAAGGCGUGGAUUUCACGCCUACUGUCGACGUCUUUGAUACCCCAGCCAAGUACAUUGUGCACGUUUCACUCCCUGGCGCGAAGAAGAGUGAUCUGAGCAUCGACUAUGACGCCGAAGAAUCCGUUCUGCGGUUGGCGGGUGUUGUGCACCGUCCUGGUAUUGAUGAAGCUAUGUAUCAGGGCCUUGUUAUGGAAGAGCGUGGACGGGAGAUUGGCGUCUUCGAACGUGAGGUCCGAUUUGGGACUAGGGCUGCGCCAGCUUCUGUUAUUGUCGAGGGGAUUUCGGCAAAGUUGGAGGAUGGUGUUUUGAAUGUUGUUCUGCCGAAGGUGGUUCCUGAGCCUGAGGUUCAGAAGAAGAAGGUCCUGGUUGAGAUUGAUGAUGACCUUAAUGAGAAGGGGGUUAUGGAUGAGAAGGUCCGUGGAAAUUUCACUCCCGAUGAGUCGGAAGUUAGUGACCUCGAGGAUGGUGAGGCCAGGGACUAUGUCAAGGUUCCAGUGCUGUGA